AUGAAGUAUUCCUCAGUCACAUUAUUAGCCAUCGCAGCUGCCUCCGUCGAUGCAUCAUUCCUCAAGAGAGCUGGUUUAUCUGACGCAACAUCAGCAGUUGGUGGAGCUCUUGACACUGCUACUUCUGCAGUAGGUGGAGCUGCUGACACUGCUACUUCAGCCGUUGGUGGUGCUGGUUCAACUGCUACUUCAGCCGUUGGUGGUGCUGGUGACUCUGCAUCUUCUGCUGUGUCUGGUGCCGGUGACUCUGCAUCCUCUGCUGUUUCUGGUGCCGGUGACUCUGCAUCUUCAGCUGUUUCUGGUUCAGGUGACUCUGCAUCUUCUGCUGUUUCUGGUGCUAGUGAUUCUGCAUCUUCAGCCGCUUCUGGUGCUAGUGACUCUGCAUCUUCAGCUGCUUCUGGAUCUGAAUCCUCAGGAUCCUCAGGAGCUUUAGGGUCUUCCUCUGAAUCUUCAGGAUCUUCUUCAGGUUCAGGAUCUUCUUCAGGAUCAUCCGGAGCCGCUUCAGGUUCUUCAUCCUCAUCACUGGCAAUGGCUGCUGGUUUCGGUUCUUCUGCUACUGGAUAUGGUUUCGCUGCUGUUGCCAUGGUUGCUGGUUCUUUGUUGAUCUAA